AUGCCGCGCCUCGACUACGCCAAGUGGCUCAACGCCACACCGCGAGUAGAGCUUAUGGUGGACAACGUUGGCGUCAUGGACCUCUCGGGCGUCCUCGCUUUCUGCGACGCUGUGGGAGGUAGCACCAAGCCGCACCAGCUCUGGCUCGGCAACGUCGCCAGCGUGGGCGAUUUCCACGGUCGACGUCUUCCCUCUCGCCUGCGCAUUUUCGAGUGGCACCCCCACGAUCAACGCACCGCUGGCGACUAUUUCAACGACGCAAUGGCCCGCGACGUCGCCUACGCCCUGGAUCUGCAGCGUUUAGGGCGCUCGGGCUGCGACUACUUCGGUCAAUUGCUUCUCAACCACGGAUUCUCGCACAUGAAGAAUUUAGAAGUGGACGACAGUGCAGGGCAGGAUAACGAUACGCUGCUGCUGCUGCUCGUUGGUCUCGCGCAAUUCACGUUGCUGGCCAAUCUCAAGCUUCCCGAACACUACUUUAGCACCUACGGCGUUGGCUAA